ACACCCACGUAAUAACAGGAUAUGGCAACCGCGCAUUAUUGAUUACGCGAUGUAAACAAAAGGUCAUGAUUUGUUUGUUUACAAAUUGCGUCGAGACCACCUGCCCAUUGAAUAUCGAUAAAACAAGGGGUAAUUGAAGGGUGACAUUGGGCUACGAGAGCGGAAAUUCAUUCCUAGUAAAAUGUUUGCCCAGAAAACUAUACUGUCACCUAUGAAUUCCUUGUUAUAUCUAAGCACAGAAAGUGUGUUUAAGAAUAUGGCAAAGUUUAACACAGAUGAAUUGGAACUGCUGUCGAUAUUGCCAGCCAACAUCAAAAACGAUUUGUUGCACAAGUUUACAAAAGCAAAGUUUUUAUGGAACAACAUUGAUUUCCCACAAAUGCUGAGACGGUUGAUCCAUAAGGAUGCUAGGAAAUUAGAUUUAACGGCAUGUGCUGUUAAUGAUGAGAUAUUGGAAAUAUUGCAGCCAUGCAAGAAGUUAGAUGCAGUGUCAAUAAAAAAUGUAGAUGAGAAAUCAUUGUCCAAGAAUGGCUUACUAAAGUUCAUACCUCAAUUAAAAUAUGUUAAAUUAUUGACAUUGUCAAAAUGCGAAUCUGUAGAUGACGAUGUUUUGCAGUGUGUAGCAGAUAAUUGCAAAUUAUUAACAGGCUUGGACAUUGGGGGUUGUACAAAAAUUACAGAUGAAUCAAUCAUUGGUAUAGCACGUUUGGAAAACUUAUUAUAUUUGACAUGCUCACAAACGCAGAUAUCUGAUAAAGGAAUUGACCAUUUAGUACAUGGACCAAGUGGUGUACAUCUGACAGAAAUACGUUUAUCUAAAUGUCCAAAUUUGACGGAAAAUAUGUUCAGUCUUAUUGGAUUGAAUUGUCCAAACUUGAAAAUUUUCGAUGUUUACAACUGCAAAAAUGUGAAUUGCUUUAGCUUGCUGGAGGGAAAAUUACAGAAGUUGAGGCAAAUUAAUUGGACUAUUGAAUGGUGAACAAAUCACUAUGUUUUUAAUUUUUUCUAAUGGGCACCCAAC